AUGAACAUUUGCGAGACAAACAACGUUUGGCCGGCGGCACAUGACACAAUGUACAGAAACAACAGUUCUCCUCUGGAUUGCAAUUCUUUAAGUCGGUUGCCAAAGUCGAUUACCUUACUUGAGGCACGGCUCAUUUAUCAUCGAGGCAUAGCCACUUCAAUUUCAAAGUACAUUCAGAGGACCCUGGAGGAAGAUUUUAAAGAGGUGGUCGGCCCCCCUUAUGUGGCUGAUAGUUGUCCAUCUUCAUGCUGGUGGAUGUUCACUUGGCACGUGUAUCUCUGGGUGUCUUAUGUCCCUCUCCUGCUGGUGUUGGUACUUGGAACAAAACUUGAGGUGGUCGUGGCAAGAAUGGCAAUUCAAGUAAAUAAUCAGAACAGCGUGAUAGUGGGAACCCCUGGUUUCAACCCACGACGACCUCUUCUGGUUUGGACAGCCCAGAUUCGUUCUGAAGAUUCUACAUUUGAUCCUUUUUGUAAUGCAUUCGAGCUGGCAUUCUUCAUUUGGGUCACAAUACAGUUUGGACUGGGUUCAUGCUACCAUGAGCACACUGUCAUCAUUGUGACAAGAGUGGUUCUAGCGGUGAUCGUCCAGGUUAUCUGCAGCUACAUCACACUUCCCCUCUAUGCACUUGUCACACAGGUGAUGAUCCACCAUAACUCAUCAGUGUUGUGGCUUAUGGGCUUAAGAGUUGCAGCUUUUUAA